GUACGGAGAGUGCCGGCUAUGAGGAUCACUCCGCACGCGAUGAAGGCUUGCGGAAGCCGCGCGCCAUUUUGGGUGGCAGAGCUGCGGAGCCGUGGUGUGGCCAUCCCUCUUCUCCACAGAAAGUGUUUAUCAUGUUGGGCUCUGGGUUCAAGGCAGAGCGCUUGCGAGUCAACCUGCGCCUCGUCAUCAACCGCCUCAAGCUACUGGAGAAAAAAAAGACUGAGUUGGCCCAGAAGGCAAGGAAGGAGAUUGCAGAUUACCUGGCAGCUGGAAAAGAUGAGCGUGCCAGGAUUCGUGUGGAGCACAUCAUCCGUGAAGAUUACCUUGUGGAGGCCAUGGAGAUCCUGGAGCUGUACUGUGAUCUGCUGCUCGCCCGCUUUGGCUUGAUCCAGUCCAUGAAGGAGCUGGAUUCUGGCCUGGCAGAGGCAGUAUCGACACUGAUUUGGGCUGCACCACGCCUCCAGUCAGAAGUGGCCGAGUUGAAGAUUGUUGCUGAUCAGCUGUGUGCUAAGUACAGCAAGGAGUAUGGGAAGCUGUGCCGGACAAACCAGAUUGGGACAGUCAACGACAGGCUGAUGCACAAGCUGAGUGUGGAAGCACCACCCAAGAUCCUGGUGGAGAGAUACCUCAUUGAGAUUGCAAAGAACUACAAUGUGCCCUAUGAGCCUGACUCAGUGGUGAUGGCUGAAGCCCCACCAGGUGGAGAGGCAGAUCUAAUUGAUGUGGGCUUCACGGAUGAUGUGAAGAAGGGUGGCCAUGGAGGGGGCGGAGGUGGUGGAUUUACAGCCCCAAUGAUAGGUCAUGAUGGGUUGGUACCCAUGCCCGUGAUGAUGCCUAUGCCCAUGCCAACAACAAAUCCACCCUUCUCUUAUCCACCUCCUAAGGGACCGGAGAACUUCAGUGGCCUGCCAGUGGGGACCUACCAGCCUUUCAGUAACAUCCACCCACCACCAAUUCCGGCAAACCCACCCACAUACGAGUCCAUUGAUGAGCCUAACGCUGACAAGGAUGCUGCUGCACUAGUGCCUGGGCCUGAGCCCAAGCCAGAAGCUUCUCCUAAACCAAGAGCUGGAGCUCCUAAUAGCUUUGAUAACUUUGUACUGCCUGAAUUGCCAUCUGUGCCAGACACACUGCCAACAGCAUCUGCUGGCGCCAACUCUUCUGCCUCGGAAGACAUUGACUUCGAUGAUCUUUCACGGAGAUUUGAGGAGCUGAAGAAGAAAACGUAAAACUUCCUGGGCUGCAGGAAGGAGGGGAAGGAGAUGUGUGAUAUCUCCUCUCUGAAACAGACUCUCUUUGAAAUUGGUUUCAUGUAUUAACCUCCAAUGAACAUGCUCUUCUUUUUGAGCUCUCUUCCUGCUGUACUUACA